GUAUAUUUAUAGGCCAAGCCAAGGCAGCUGUGACUGCAAAUCACCCAGGAAAACAGGAAGCCCUCAGAUGGCACAGCUCCUUCGCCACUCCUCGAUCCACAGCGCUGAGCGACGCCUGCGACACGCAUCCAGGACAGCAAGAGCGCUUCUGCAUGCAAGUACCAGACCUGCUCUCCUUAAAAACAACCUAGAAUAGCUGCAAGCAAAUGUCUCAACAGGAUUUGGUUACGUUCACGGCUGCAGCGAGUGUUCAUUUUUAAGCUGCUCUCGGUGGAACGCAGGGAUUACACGCAGCCGGAAUCCUGCCGGGUCCCGCCCCGCCGCUAUGGCGGCCCGUGCGCUCGGGAGGAUGCUCGGGAUGCGGCGCCUGCUCCUCCCGCUGCGCCGCCCGCCGAGCGCCGCGCACCGGGGCUCAGACACAGACUCCCUCACUAAACAAGCUGAAGCAGCUGCUGCUGCAGACUGGAAAAAAAACCUGACUCCGGAGCAAUUCUAUGUUACACGAGAAAAAGGAACUGAACCGCCAUUCAGUGGGAUCUAUCUGAAUAACACAGAACCAGGAAUAUACUGCUGCGUGUGCUGCAAUGCCCCCCUCUUCAGCUCGGAGAAGAAGUACGAUUCUGGGACUGGAUGGCCAUCUUUUUCUGAGGCUUAUGGUACUUGUGGCAGAGAUGAAAGUAAUACCAACAUUGUGAGACGACCAGAUAACUCACUGGGGUCAAGAAGAACUGAAGUUGUCUGCAAACAGGGCAGGGUUCUCUCAGAAAAGGGGAAAGUUUUCCCACAAGGACUCCUAUGUUCAGCCAAGUGAUGGUGGAAGAAGCCAGCACUUGCCUUAGAAGAGUGACAUUUGGCUGGGAUACCAAUGGAAAUGCUCCUCACUUCUGCAAGUGGCCUAAAGUAGAACAGAACUGGCAAAACACCUGUUUUUUUCCUGUCCCUAGAGAUUCCAGGUCUCACUGACACCUUUUACGAAUGAAAGUGCCACGCAAACAAAACAGACCGUGAAGCUGAUGAAAUGUCAGCUGUGGGUUGCACAGACCUACGUGCAAACCACGCUCAGCUGAGUGCCUUGGAUGGAUGCACGUGGUUGGUGGAGAGCAGCUCUUGGUAAACUGGCAAGUGAGUACCUGCUACUCACAGAGGGAGCUUGCCAGAGCAGAGAGCACUUUUAUUUCACACCUGCAAAGAUCAUUGCAUGCUACCCCUGUUUGGGGUUAGCAGCAGCUGGUGCCUCCUCCCUCAUGGAGCAGGAUGACCUGAGGAAGGAGUCCUGGAAGGCCUCAGUUCAGCCUGUGCAGCAUUACUGAUACAUAAUCACAUGAACAGAGCCAUAGCUCCAGGAGCAGCACCUGACCUGCACUACCCUGCUAUGUCACCAAGCAAACACGGCGAGGCCCCACCGAGGGGGAGUCAGACACUGAGAUAAGCAGCCUUGUUCUGCUUCAUGUCAAACAGGGGAAAAGGGGGAAAAUUGACCACACGUGUAAAUCAGAGCAAUGGUACAUCACCUUUCAGUGCAGUGUAAACUGUUGGACACUUGGGAUCUCUGACCAAAAGCUCUUUGGGGCAGUGCACUUCAUUAUCUUCUGUGUCUGUGGUACCACCACACCAGGACAGAUCCCAACGAAAGGCCCAAAGUGUUAUAAGGUCAUUAAAGACCAAUAAUAUUGGAAGGCAUUAUCAAGGAGUGUCAUAGGCUACAAGAAUUUCCUCAUGUAUCUGCAAUUACUUUGUUCCACCAUAAUGAACAGAGAGCAGUUGCUUUUCUGAGUGGAAUAUACUCUGCCAGGCAGCUGCAGAUUUAUGUUCCGUUCUUCAUAUCUGAGGAGUUUUUACCAUGGUUAUUUCAUUAAUUUGCUUCAAUGCUGAUACAUUUUAUUCUAUUGUGGUUUUAAAUAGCCUGAUUAUAAAUCCUAAUUGGAGUUUCUACAUAAUUCUUAAGAGAUUUUUUACAUAUUAAAUAAAGUAUUUAAUGACUUUCUCAGUCUUUACAGCAUAUCUACAAGGCAAGUAACUAUUCCUUCUUUUGCUGAGGGAAAACUUGAUGAGAAAAAUUUAUUGACUUGCUCAAGACUUCAAAUUAAAUUUGCAGCCAAGCCAGAAUUAGACUCUGCAUGGCUCAUGACAGCAUCCAUAUCUUCAGACCCUACUUUUUCAAGACUUGUCUUGGUAAUUGAUUAGGGGGGAGAGCAUGUCUAUUGCCAAAAAAGAGAAAGUAAACUUAGCAUAUGUUUUCCAUAUUAAAACCAAGUCUAAGCCAACACAGGCAACUUGGCUUAUAAAGAGAAACUUGACCUCUUUCUCAGAGCAAAUGUGAUAAGGGCUUAGUUAGAAAUUAUAGAAUAAAAAAGAAGGAAAUAGGAAAGAAGGAGCAGGUUACUCAUGUUACUAUAAAUUUCACUCAGAAGAAAAUCAGAAUGGGCAGAAAUCAUAAUGCCCAUUAUUUUAGCCAUGUAUCCACAGAAUUGUAGUGAUGCUCUUUUCUACUGCAUCAUGCUGCAAAUCAUUUGGACUAUUUUUUAUGCUUGUGGACAGCCUAGUCUGCUUUUGGUCAAAAUAAGAAAAGAAGACUGUUGUCAGUGCAAAUACAGUAAUUUUGCCACCCCUAAAUACCUCCAGCAUAAGGUGGCACAAGAGAUAGCCUGCAUGAGAAGGGACUGGGAAAGUCUCAGCUUGAGUUUUUCUUUUUUUCUGAGUAUUUAGCUGGUCCUCCUAAGCAUGUUUGUAUUUUCUGGUCUUAAACCUUGGCCCUGCUGCAUAGAAGAAAUAAAUCCUGUG